AAUGGAAGAGGAUCUCGCCUACUACUGCUACAUCAGCCUCACACUUGUGCCCGUUUAUUUAGCCUUCAAACUCGUGCAAUGGAUGGGCUGGGAGCUAUUCGUGAACAACUAAGUGCUGCCGUGCGGUCGAAAUAAAAUUGUUCCUGUAAAUAGUAUUGACUGAAAAACGGAGUGCCAAAUUCCUUCAAUAUCCGCUGAGUGCCGUUGAGGAAGGAAAGUGUGACCGAAGCAGCU